UCAAACCCAAAAACAAACAUUUGAAAGGCUUUCAAGAUUCUAAUAGAAAAUACCCAAAUAAUAGAGACAGCAUCAAGGAAUUCAGUAUUCCUUUUUAAUUAUAACAAGGCCAUAAAAAGCAGCAACCGUGGAUUCUAAAUCGUUCAUAAACUACAACACUGACAUGAGUUUGCCAACAGAUUUCGGCCCGGAUUCAGGAGGCCGGGUGAAGGGUUUAGUCAUAGUAAAACCGAUAGUGUACGGUAACAUAGCAAGAUAUUUUGGCAAGAAACGUGAAGAAGAUGGUCAUACGCAUCAAUGGACUGUUUACGUGAAGCCCUACGCGAAUGAAGAUAUGUCAGUGUAUAUAAAAAAGAUCCAUUUCAAGUUACACGAAAGCUACGCAAACCCAAAUAGGAUAGUGACUAAACCACCGUACGAACUCACGGAAACGGGUUGGGGCGAGUUUGAAAUAGUUAUUAAGAUUUAUUUCCAUGACCCUAAUGAAAGACCCGUCACCUUAUACCACAUCCUGAAGCUGUUCCAAUCCCCAGUGACGGAAGGCAUGCCACAAGUCGGCCGAGCGUUAGUGAGCGAGUCAUAUGAAGAGAUUGUGUUCCAAGAGCCAACACAGUUGAUGCAACAUCUGCUGAAUAAUGUUAAACCAAUUACCAAUGGCCCUUGGACUCAUGAUACGGAUUUUGAAGAGAAGAAAGAAAAGACAUUAGAAAAGAUUGUAGCAGCUCAAACAGUAGUAAGGAGUGAGAUCUCUGAAUUGAAAGAGAAACUCCAUCUUGCAAAAGAAACAAUUUCUAAAUUCAAAGAGGAAAUUGCGAAGAUACAAAAUAACCCUGCGGCAAAUUUAUUAUCAGUAGUUUAAAUAUUUUAAGUAGAAUUUAUUUAUUCUAAAAACUGACUCAUUUUUACAAAUAUGAAUUGAUAAGUAUUAAAAUUAGGAAGGAACUAGUUAGAAACAAUAAGGAACUAGUAGAAACAAUAUUAGAAACCAAUCUUAAUAUAAGUCUCAAAAAUAGCUUAAUAAAAACUUAGUAAUAAGUUGUUUACAGAAAUGAAAAAGCUAAUAAAAAUAACAUAGACAAAAAUAUAAAUUGGAAUUAAAAUUUACUUCCAUAGAGAAUAGUUGUAAUAAUGUGAAAUGUAUAAUUUGAUUUUUAUUAGUCUCAAGGUUUCCGCCCGCGGCUUCGCCUGGCAGACAAAGAAAAACCCGCAUAGUUCCCGUUCCCUUUGGAUUUUCGGGAUUGCGU